AUGACUGAGCCGCGCUUUCACCCUGAUGCAAGGUACGAUUCGGUAGAAGCGACCGAACGGUCCUGGCAGCAGGAGUUCCGGGGCACUACCGAUGUCUUGUACACCACGCUGCAACGCUAUAUGAGCCAGAAUACGCCACGGCCGUACGCACGCUAUGCUGCUUUUACUCAGUCCUCGGGCUCCGGGAAAUCACGAAUGAACGACGAGCUCGCAAAGAAGGUCCUCUAUAUUCCCGUCAAUCUAGGGCCUGUGGGCGGAGACGUUUACCCUCCAGCGGACGAUCAAGCUUGCUACUGGUUCUCCGAGUAUGCGAACACCCCGCAAAGCUGCUCACGCCGCGUGCAAGCGUUUGUCUGUGCUCUCUUUGCAACUGUGCUGGAGCGUUUGAAGCAGAUUGAGGAAGAUACUGGGACGGCAGUGUCCAAUGUGUCGACAACUACUGCGGAGGACGUCCUGGAGCGCGUGACGCAAUUGGCGAGUGAGUUCAGGAUGAAGAUGAACGAUGGCAUGCGGUUUGGUCAGCAUGUCAACUACCGAGUGGGCUUCUUUGAGUCCGUGGCGGAGAGAGCCAGCAAUACGAUCAGCGUGCGAAGGCAAGACGGUUCAACGAUCGGUCGGCAGGACGAGACAGUCUGGACCAUCGCACGCAAGUUGACGGACUACCUCGACCCCGUCAAAGCGUGUCGCGAUGAGCCGCUUGUGAUACUGUGCUUCGACGAGUAUCAUACGCUCACCAAGCCCCAGGCAGCCUCCCAUGGCUGGUCACCAUUCACAGUGCUGAGGAACGUCCUCCACACGAUUGUUGACCUCCCAAUCUUUACUCUCUUCGUAUCUACCGUAAGCAACGUCGAACAGGUUGUCCCGCACAUCCAGCAGCAGGGGAUGUUCCCACCCAUCGUCUUGACCUCAUUCGACAUCUUAGCCGAACGCUUGCCCGAGUCAGGCUGGACGCUGAAGCGAGUCGCAUCCACACACCACAUGGUGCAUUUGGGCCGACCAAUGUUCGCGGCGAUGUAUGAUGCGGGUCGCCAGUCAUACCAGCGAGACAUCAUUCACCUCGCGAGGAUCAAGCUACUGUGCUCGCAAACAGCGCCCGAGUUUCUGUCAAACGUGCAGUCACUGGCGUGCAUCGGAUCACGCAUCCCAAUCAAAUUCAAGACUAAGACUAUUGAUGAACCCACUAGUGAAAUCAUGCUGGUGGCGUCGCACAUGCGGAUGCUGCUUUACGUUAGCAGCGGUUUUGCGGGCGUGAUCACCGACUGUCCAUCCGAGCCAUUGCUCGCGGAGGCGGCAUAUACGAUCCUGGCUCUUAGACGGCGGUUCUCAGAGCCCAUACCCGCCCUCUCGUAUCAUCUCCACUGGUCCCAUCUGGACUGUGGUAGUUCGCGAGGAGAAACGGUCGCCGCUGCCCUGCUGCUUGAUGCCCGCGAUCGUGCGACUACAUUUCCUCUCGCUGCCGACGAACCGCUGCCUGGGAUCGACGAUAUCGGGGACGACUGGGAUCUCAUGUACGACGGUGCUCAGAAGCGUCGAAUCGUCACCGUGCCGCAAUUCUUGCGGGCGCUCCUAGCAAAGUCUUGCCACGACAUCCUUCCGGCCGAAUAUGACAGGCCCGAAAAGGCGGACGUUCCACUCGACGCCGCAUUCAAGGAUUGUUUCAUCUACUUCAACCACUUGAUACCAGCAUCGACGUCGUGA